CAGGCCCUGACAGCCGGCCAGCCGCGGAUGCUUGCGGGUGGGCUGGGCCCGCCGCUGCGUGGGAGGAGGGCUGCAUUAUUUCCCGCUAGGGCCGGGCGCGGCGGGAGGAAGGGCCCUGCCCGCCCUCUGAGCCCCGGACGGCGCGCGCUGCGGAGCCGGCAGGGCCUGGGCGCGCACUUGGCGGCGGCGCGGCGUCCCCAGGCCGGGGCCGGGCGCUCUCCCACGCUCGCUCCCCUCCCCCUCCCCUUCCUUCCUUCCCCUGGGCGCUCCCAGGAGCGGUGGGCGGACGCGAGCCGCGGCGGGCGCCCGAGCUUUGUGUGCGCCCGCGGACCCCGGGCGAGCCUUGGGCGGCCCAACUUUGCCGCUCCUGACCGGCUCCCGAGCGGGAGUUGUGAGGCGUGGCCGGUGGAGGAGGCGCUUGGGGGGGCGUGGGACUCCCCAGCUGGCGGGAGGGACGGAGCAAGCCGCGCUGGACAAUGAGCUGGGCAGCUCCAAGCUGCAGCCACUUUUAGGUGGGGGCGUGGGUCGGCCGGCGCCUCCGCGGCUCAGCAGCCUCACCUGCGAGGAGAGGGCGGGAUGCCCGAGCCAGGUGUGCCGCUGCUUUAAGGCCCCGCGCAGCCGGACGUCCCUGCACCGCUGCUCGCAUUGCCUCUAGGCUGCCUGGAACGGGUUUUUGAGGAAAGCUUUCUGAGCAGCCGCGAUGGCCAGCACCAGGAGUAUCGAGCUGGAGCACUUUGAGGAGCGGGACAAAAGGCCGAGGCCGGGGUCUCGGAGAGGGGCGCCCAGCUCCUCCGGGGGCAGCAGCAGCUCGGGCCCCAAGGGGAACGGGCUCAUCCCCAGCCCGGCGCACAGCGCCCACUGCAGCUUUUACCGCACGCGGACCUUGCAGGCCCUCAGCUCGGAGAAGAAGGCCAAGAAGGCGCGUUUUUACCGGAAUGGGGACCGCUACUUCAAAGGCCUGGUCUUUGCCAUCUCCAGCGACCGUUUCCGGUCCUUCGAUGCGCUCCUCAUGGAGCUCACCCGCUCCUUGUCGGACAACGUGAACCUGCCCCAGGGCGUCCGCACCAUCUACACCAUCGACGGCAGCCGGAAGGUCACCAGCCUGGACGAGCUGCUGGAAGGUGAGAGUUACGUGUGUGCAUCCAACGAACCUUUUCGUAAAGUUGAUUACACCAAAAAUAUUAAUCCGAACUGGUCUGUGAACAUCAAAGGUGGGACGUCCCGUACCUUGGCCACCACUGCCUCUGUGAAAAGUGAAGUCAAAGAAAGUAAAGAUUUCAUCAAACCCAAGUUAGUGACUGUGAUUCGAAGCGGAGUGAAGCCUAGAAAAGCCGUGCGGAUCCUUCUGAAUAAAAAGACUGCUCAUUCCUUUGAACAGGUCUUGACUGAUAUCACCGAAGCCAUUAAGCUAGACUCAGGAGUGGUCAAGAGACUCUGCACCCUGGAUGGAAAGCAGGUUACUUGUCUUCAGGACUUUUUUGGUGAUGAUGAUGUUUUUAUUGCAUGUGGACCUGAAAAAUUCCGUUACGCCCAGGAUGACUUUGUCUUGGAUCACAGCGAAUGCCGUGUCCUGAAGUCAUCUUAUUCUCGAGCCUCAGCUGUUAAAUAUUCAGGAUCCAAAAGCCCUGGGCCCUCUCGUCGCAGCAAAUCACCAGCUUCAGUCAGGAGGGGAGGCCACCACUCCAGUGCCUAUUCUGCAGCCAAGUCCCCAGUCAAUGGAACUCCCAGCAGCCAACUUUCUACUCCUAAAUCUACGAAAUCCUCCAGUUCCUCUCCGACUAGCCCAGGAAGUUUCAGAGGAUUAAAGCAGAUUUCUGCUCAUGGCAGAUCUUCUUCCAAUGUGAAUGGUGGACCUGAAAUUGACCGUUGCAUGAGUCCUGAAGGUGUGAAUGGAAACAGGUGCUCUGAAUCAUCAACUCUUCUGGAGAAAUACAAAAUUGGGAAGGUCAUUGGUGAUGGCAAUUUUGCAGUAGUCAAAGAAUGCAUGGACAGAUCCACUGGAAAGGAAUUUGCUCUGAAGAUUAUAGAUAAAGCCAAGUGUUGUGGAAAGGAACACCUGAUUGAGAACGAAGUGUCAAUACUGCGCAGAGUGAAACACCCCAACAUCAUCAUGCUCGUCGAGGAGAUGGAAACGGCCACUGAGCUCUUUCUGGUGAUGGAACUGGUCAAGGGUGGAGAUCUCUUUGAUGCAAUUACGUCUUCGACCAAGUACACGGAGAGAGAUGGCAGCGCCAUGGUGUAUAACUUGGCCAACGCCCUCAGGUACCUCCAUGGCCUCAGCAUCGUGCACAGAGACAUCAAGCCAGAGAACCUCUUGGUGUGUGAAUAUCCUGAUGGAACCAAGUCUUUAAAACUGGGAGACUUCGGGCUGGCCACUGUGGUGGAAGGCCCUCUGUACACAGUCUGUGGCACGCCGACUUACGUGGCCCCUGAAAUCAUCGCUGAGACGGGCUAUGGCCUGAAGGUGGACAUUUGGGCGGCUGGCGUGAUCACGUACAUACUUCUGUGUGGAUUCCCACCAUUCCGAAGUGAGAACAAUCUCCAGGAAGACCUCUUCGACCAGAUCUUGGCUGGGAAGCUGGAGUUUCCAGCGCCCUACUGGGAUAACAUCACGGAUUCGGCCAAGGAACUAAUAAGUCAGAUGCUUCAGGUAAACGUUGAAGCUCGAUGUACUGCGGGACAAAUCUUGAGUCACCCCUGGGUGUCAGACGAUGCUUCCCAGGAGAACAACAUGCAAGCUGAGGUCACAGGUAAACUAAAGCAGCACUUUAAUAACGCGCUUCCCAAACAGAGCAGCACCACCACCGGGGUCUCUGUCAUCAUGAACACGGCUCUAGAUAAGGAGGGGCAGAUCUUCUGCGGCAAGCACCGUCCGGACGGCAGCCGGCCGGCCGAGCAGACCCCGCCAGCGCCCGCCUCGGCCCCCGAGCCCCCUGCCCCUCCGGAAUCCCCCGCGGCCGCCGGCCCCGCUGCUGCCAGGGGCGGGGAGCGGGCGGGGACGUGGCGCCGCCACCGAGACUGAGCCCUCUGCUGCAGAGGGGCCUAGGCCACCCGCCGUGCCCGGAAGGCGCCUCUUCUGCCGGCCCUGCUGCGCCCUACGCCGAGGGAGCCUCUCCUGACUGCUCGUUUCUCAGUUUGCUGGCACCUUCCGUGGGCCGCCUGGGGACCAGGAGCCCGCGCUGCAGCCAGUGACAGACAGGCUCGGCCUCGCCCUGCACUCUGGGCUCCGCCUCUGGCUCCUGGAGGCGUCGCAGGCCCUGUCGGCCGGGAGAUGACAUUCCGAGGGCCUGGGUUGAACUGGCCGCUUCACCCAGAGACCGCAGCGGUUCUCGGGCACUCGGGGAACCUGGGCACUCGGAUGACCCAAGCCCCUGGGGAGCUCUUCUUCGAGGACACUUUUUCUUACAAAGGACCCAGGCCUGCAUUUGUCCCUUCCUGACAGUCCUGUGAAAGAUGACAUGACACCUUCUCUGCUGAGGGAGACUGGCGGGACUGGCUUCCGGAUAAAAGCAAUGACCACCUAAGAGGACAAUCCUGUCAUUGGUCACUAAUUGCAGACUGCCAAGUUGUUCAGGUACCUGAGGAAGCAACCGGGCCAGUGGUGGAGGCGCUGGGUCACCUGAGACCAGGUGGGCUAUUUAUUUGUACGGGAACCCAGGAGGCCACCUCUUCCUGGAGACGUGGUUUUCCCAGCUUCUCCAUGGCCUGUUAAGAAGUUCGACUGAGACUGUUUUCAGGAUCUUUGGCGGCAGGCUAGGCACCUGUGGCAGAUGUCCCCUCUCCUCAGCAAGGCAGCCCCGCGUGGAACACAGCAAACCUGGGGUCGAGUCCCCUCCGGGCUCCUCUCAUCAGCUGCUUUUCAUCAGGAGCCAGCCAGGACCUCAGCAGAGGGACUCGCCUGAGCACAGCCAGGACCCGUGGGAAGGUGCUCCUCGACAUCCUGACAUCCUGUUCAUGAACCUUCUGGAAGGCUGCUGGCAGUUUUUCCUUCUUUUCCACCACUCUGCUCUUUUUAAUAAUUGUACAUAACCCGCGUAUUUGUUUUACCUGUUCAUCUUCUAAGCUGGGGCGGGGGGUGCGUAGUUUAUCUCAUUGUUAGGUUUUUUGCCUUCUUACAAGUGUCCCCAACCUGCAAUAAAUUCUUCCCUCUUCAGAAAAGGCCAUCAGAGAU